GAGCUGCCAUUGCAGAGGAAGCAUCUGCUAUGGGGACAGCGACACAGCAAACCCUCAUCGCUUUACUCUCCAUAGCAGCAGUGGUUGCCAAGACAGAAGACACCUGCCCAGAGGUGAGGAUAGUGGGACUCAGUGGUUCCGAUAAACUCGCCGUUCUCCAAGGAUGCCCUGGCAUGGCUGGUGCCGCAGGACCCAAAGGUGACCCAGGAACUGCAGGACUGAAAGGUGUUCGGGGAACACAGGGAAUCCCUGGGAAGGCAGGACCACAGGGGCUGAAAGGGGACAGAGGUGUUGCUGGUCCCCCAGGUACAAAAGGUGAUAAAGGAUCUCCUGGAGCACCCGGAACACUAGGAGAGCGAGAGCUGGACAGCGUACAGUGUAAGAAAGGAGCAAAAAACUGCAAGGAGCUGUUAGCUAGAGGGAACACCCUGAGCGGCUGGUACGCCAUCUACCCGCAUGACUGUAAUGCCAUGACCGUGCUGUGUGACAUGGACACCGAUGGGGGGGGAUGGAUUGUUUUCCAAAAACGGGUAGAUGGUUCCGUGGAUUUUUUCCGUGACUGGGGUUCAUACAAGAGAGGUUUCGGCAGCCGACUGUCAGAAUUCUGGCUGGGGAAUGACAAUAUCCACCUGCUGACAUCCCUUGGAAACCAUGAACUCCACAUUGACCUCAAAGACUUUGAAAACAACACGCAGUUUGCCAAGUGCAAGUCAUUCAAGAUUGCAGGAGAGACGGAGAAAUACAAACUGGUUCUUGGAGACUUUCUUGGAGGCACUGCAGGUGAUUCACUAACCUCACACAAGGACAUGCCGUUUUCAACCAGAGACCAUGACAACGACCUGGGCUCAAACGCUCGAAACUGUGCUGCAAUCUACAAGGGGGCCUGGUGGUACAAGGACUGUCAUUGGUCCAACCUGAAUGGGAUGUACUUGACUGGUGCCCACGCCAGCUUUGCAGAUGGGGUGAACUGGAGGACGGGCAAAGGAUAUAAUUAUUCCUACAAACAAUCAGAAAUGAAAUUUAGGCCUGUCUAGCUCAGCCAGCAGGCACACGAUGCAAGAGAACUGCUCUCUGGCUCUUGCCUGUAACAUAUUUCUGCCAGCUGUAUUUUCCUGGCAUUGCCUUCUCCUUUCUCCCUCCAACGCCUGGGUCCUAAGUGUGGCUAAUGCUCUGAUCUUCAUUGUGGUACCACUGAUUUCACCCGUUUCCUUCGGCUUCCACCUGUGACUGCAUUGGCUGCCCAACCAACAGAGCUGCUUCACGUGCUACAGGGUUCAUGGCCGGGGAUACGAGCCAAAGUGGCACCCUCUUUCUAGACACUAAGUAGCGACAAGCUUAAUCUCCACCGAGUCGGGCUUAGAAGCCUGCUCAUGUCGUUAAGGGAGUGGGUUGGGACUCCAGAGAUGGGGUUCAGGUAUUGCUUCUGCAAUCCAUUUCCAGUGUCAUCUUUGGCAAGUAACGUAGGAGACGACUACACCGCAGCUGGGAGGUGUAAUUCCCAGCGUGGGUAGACGUACAUGCACUAGUUCUGAUCAGCAGCAGUUGGGCCACAACACCUUGGGCGAGCCACCUGAGGGCAUGCCUGGGACCUUCGACAGACUUGGGUCCGCUCAAAAGCGUGUCUCUCU